AUGACUACGUACCAACCUGGAGAUCUUGUUUGGGCAAAAAUGAAAGGAUUUCCGCCCUGGCCUGCCACGAUUUUGCAAUCAUCCGCGCAGUUGAUCGAUGUUCCCGCAAAUCGUUAUUCGGUGAUGUUUUUCGGCACAAAAGAAACAGCUAUAAUGAAAAACACUGAUCUUUUCAAUUAUCUUCAACACAGAAAGCAAUUUGAAGUGUCCAGGAAACAAAAGGGAUUCGCUGAAGCAAUUCAAGAAAUUCGUGUUGCUGCUGGAAUUGAUAACAACAAAUCAGACCCUUUACUUGGAUAUUUCUCAAAGCGUUCACCAUCUCCUCCUAGCUCUAUCCUUCAUACUAAUCGCGUUUCUGGACGAACCAGACGUGUAAGCUCGAAAUUGAAUUCGGAUGACUUUUUUUUGGAACCACUUGAAAGGAAGCGUUCAAUAAGUCGGUCAUCACGACGAUCUCGUACCAAUUCUGCAUCUUCACAAAAAGCAAGGCAUAAAUCUGCAAAAGCAGAAAAAAGAGGUGGCGCAAAGACUCCAGAUAGGAAACGAGACAGCAUCAAGAGGAAUUCUGUUUCUUUAUUUGAUGGCCUUGAUGGAUUCGAUUCAGCUGGUGAUACAGCAUUUUCACCGAUGUUGUGUGAUGGUGCGCUCACAUCGUUGUUGGAUGGUUUAGACGCUGAUAUCGAUAUUGAUAGUCAUACAAAAUCAUCGAAACGAUUGCAAAAACAAAAAGCUUUCGAAGAAUUCAUUUCAUCAGUUCGAUCACCGAGCCGUGAACGGUCAUCCAGCACAUCGUCAUCUUGUCGUAUGCGAUUGUUUUCUGGGAUGUCAGAUGUGUUUGAUGAAUUAUUAGAGUCAGUCCAAUUCAAUCCAGCCGAAUUGUUGUCGGCGAUUGAUAAUUUACCGAGCGAAGAGGAGCGACCUGCAACACCCGAAGAGCCUUUGCCGAUGCCUGCACCCAAUAAAUGUUGCUCAUAUUGUGGUUGUGAAUGUGAACUGUUCGGUCUCAAAUGGAGGUGUACGGGUAAAUCGUGCCUGAAGUGGAACGGAACACACGAUCCUUAUGGCACUGCAGAGGAGUCUGUGGCACAGGGUAUGGAUGCUUCGUUACCAUCCACAUCUUCGCAGGCUUUCAAUCAGUGUGUUGGCAGAAUGCUACCAAAACCGGAGGAUAGCGAAAAAACCGCAGCAGUAUCGAAUUCAGCUUUAAAUACGAAUGAAAAGAACGCAAAUUGGGCAUCAAUAGAUGUUAGUCUAGCAGCACCUUCGUUGUUGCCACAAGGCACAAGAACAGCUCAACCAACCACGCUUCCAUCCAGUUCUACUUGUUUUUCUGAUUCGAAGUCAUCUUUUUCAAAAUAUUCGAAACCAUUAACUUCACAACAACAUCAUCAUCCAGUUUUGUCACAAAAUAUUGCUCCAAAUGGCAAACCAAUUCUACCACGACGGCAACUUGGUACAGGUCGACCGAAGUCUUACAAAGUUGAAAAAACGCCACCAGUUUCUGAAAAUGGUCAACGGCAUUGUGCGUUUUGCGGGGGUCAGGUGAGGCCACAAAUGUGUGGUGGUAAUAAACACCGUUGGAGAUGCGUUGAUAAGAAAUGCCGUAAGUGGUAUGGCUGGGUUCGAAGUAAUGAAGAAAUUCCAAAGGAUCUUGGGAAGAAAGGCCGUUGGAAGGAUCUUGCGCUAAAGAUUAAACCAAAAGGUGAUGCUGCUGAUAGCAAUUCUGUUCAUGGAUGUUCAGCAAGUAUUGGCGUACCGCACUCUCAAAACGCUUACAUCACUGCAGCGUUGCCUUCAGAAAACGAUACGCGAAAUGAGAGUGAUAAACCCAAGCGAAGGUAUCACAAAAGAGAGUCGCGGUUGAGGGACGAUAUUUCACGGCAAUCAUCUUGUUCACCGUUGCCCGCAGAAGUAAUGUGUUGGCGUGCGAGUGCAAUGGAACAACGAUGCAGAUGGUGGAUCUCUGAGAAGAGACGUCAAGAAGCAUCACCUGAACGUGAAUGGUCAACACAAGUUCUUGAUGUUGCUGCAUCUAUGCGUCUUAUUGGAAAUGCCAUGAAUGCUGCUGCUAGUACACGGGCAGACGAGCCAGGCACGGUAGCAGGCACGUUGGAUCUACUAAUGGAUGCCUUGAUGAGUUCGUUGGGGCCAUUGCUCGCACUUAGUGCGAAGGUACCACAAUUCAAGAUUGACAAUUCAGUCGUGCAACGCUUAUGGAAUUCAUCAGCCAUACAUACUCCUUUAUUUCCGUCUUGA